AACAGCCGAACCAACCUACUUCCCACCGCUUAAUAACUUCUUCUCUCUCAAUAGAAAAAAGAUAAUUUUACAACUACAAACAAAAACACUGGAAAACCCCCCCAACUGAUCUUCCGCAAUAAUUGACACCUCUCUCUGAUAUUCUCUCCGGCCAAGGACUUGUUUGGAUCGAAGACCAACAACACCAAGAACACCAUGGUUGAAACCAGGCGCAGCUCCUCCUCUUCCAAACGCCCCCACUCGUCACCUGCUCCUCCUCCCCCCAACGUCAAACGAUCCAAGGCGUCUGAGGCGUCGUCGUCAACCAAUGAUGUUCAGAGCGGUCCGUCUGUGGAGAACUUGGCUCCGGUUAAGGAAUCCGGUUGUGAACCUCGAGACCUGGAGCUGCAAUCCCCUGAUCUGCUGAACACCGGUUCUCCAAAGCCGGUUGACGCAUGCGAUGCAGAUAAAUGUGUGGAUUUCGGUGUCGAAGGCGAGGCCUUGGUGUCGCCACUGUCGUUAGGUGAAGCCGACGUUGAUGCCGAGAACUCGAAGGUUGGCGUCAGUUCGCUUCGGCCGAAGAAGCGCCUGACAAAACUGGCGAAAUCGAGUCCCAAAGUCGCGUGGGGAAAGCUUCUUUCCCAAUGCUCUCAGAAUCCUCACCAGCCAAUGUUUGAUACUACUUUCACUGUUGGUCAAGGCCGUCAAUGCAAUUUGUGGCUUAAAGAUCCAUCUGUUAGUACUAAUUUGUGUAGAUUGAGGCACAUAGAGCGUGAAGGUUCAUCUGUUACAUUACUGGAAAUCACAGGGGGCAAAGGUGCCGUCCAAGUAAAUGGCAAGAUCUAUAGAAAAAGUUCCAGUGUUAUCUUGAGUGGAGGCGAUGAGGUGGUCUUCAGUUCUUCUGGAAAGCAUGCUUAUAUCUUUCAGCAGCUUGUUAAUGAUAAUUUAGCUGCUCCUGGUAUACCUCCUGUAAGCAUAUUAGAAGCGCAUAGUGCUCCAAUCAAGGGUAUACAUCUCGAGGCAAGAUCUGGGGACCCCUCAGCUGUUGCUGGAGCAUCAAUUUUAGCAUCUUUGUCAAAUCUACCAAAAGAGUUAUCCUUACUUCAGGCACCUGCUAAAACUGGUGAGAAUGUGGAGCAAAAUACUGAGAUGUCCAUGUUACCUUCUGGCUGCGGAGGGCUAGAUGAUCACUCUCUAGACAUUGAUUUGAAGGAUAGUGUUAAUGAUAAUGAUCUUUCUGGCGUUUCUUCAAGAGAGAAAAUUGUUGCUCCAUCCCCAGAUGCUGCCAAUCAAAAGGCAAAUCUUGGUAAUCUUGGAUUGGAUCCUUGUAUGGACACAGACAUUGGAAAGGUCCCUACAGCAAAUUAUGAAUUAAGGCCGCUCUUGCGAAUGCUUGCUGGUUCAUCUUCUUCAGAUUUUGAUUUAAGUGGCAGUAUCUCUAAAAUACUUGAUGACCAAAGGGAAAUGAGAGAACUCCUUAGGGAUUUUGAUCCUCCAUCCAUUUUGAUAUCAACUAGGAGGCAAGCAUACAAGGAUAGUUUACAACAAGGAAUUCUCAAUCCUGACAACAUUGAAGUCUCAUUUGAAAGUUUCCCAUAUUACUUAAGUGAUACGACAAAGGAUGUUUUGAUUGCUUCAACAUAUGUUCAUUUGAAAUGUGAUAAAUUUGUGAAGUAUGCCUCAGACCUACCUACCGUGUCUCCGCGAAUAUUAUUAUCUGGUCCCUCAGGUUCGGAGAUAUAUCAGGAGACUCUGGCAAAGGCUCUUGCCAAACAUUUUGGUGCUAGAAUGCUGAUUGUUGAUUCUCUUCUGUUGCCUGGUGGACCAACACCUAAAGAUUCUGAGUCUGUAAGAGAAGCUUCGAGGCCCGAACGAGCAUCAAUUUUUGCUAAAAGAGCUUUGUUACAGCACAAGAAACCGGCUUCUAGUGUUGAGGCUGAUAUUACUGGUGGAUCCACAUUAUGCUCUCAGGCUAUGCCAAAGCAGGAGGCAUCUACUGCAUCAUCAAAAAGCACUACACUCAAAGAAGGUGAUAGAGUAAAAUUCGUGGGUACCUUACCUUCUGGAGUUUCACCGCUGCAAAAUUGUCCGUUAAGGGGACCAACAGCUGGUUCUCGAGGCAAAGUUGUCCUUCCUUUUGAAGAAAAUGGUAAUUCAAAAAUUGGGGUUAGAUUUGAUAAAUCAAUUCCAGAUGGCAACAAUCUUGGUGGCCUUUGUGAAGAUGAUCAUGGUUUCUUUUGUUCUGCCAAUAAUUUACAACGCUUAGAUGGUUUUGGAGGUGAUGAUAUCGACAAACUUGCUAUUAAUGAUAUCUUUGAGGUCACAUCAAAAGAAAGUAAAAUUGCUCCAUUAAUAUUGUUCGUGAAAGACAUAGAAAAGGCCAUGGUGGGUAGUUCAGAUUCAUAUACAGUCUUAAAGAUUAAGCUUGAAAAUUUGCCGAAGAAUGUCGUUAUAAUUGGCUCCCAUACCCAGAUGGACAGUCGCAAAGAGAAGGCCCAUCCUGGUGGACUUCUAUUUACAAAGUUUGGAAGCAACCAGACUGCUUUGCUUGAUCUUGCUUUUCCGGAUAACUUUGGUAGACUGCAUGAUAGGAGCAAGGAAACGCCAAAAGCAAUGAAACAACUCACUCGGCUUUUCCCUAACAAAGUGAUAAUACAGCUGCCUCAGGAUGAAGCAUUACUUUCGGACUGGAAACAGCAGUUGGAGCGUGAUGUUGAAACUUUGAAAGCUCAAUCAAAUAUUGUCAGCAUUCGCUUGGUUCUCAACCGAAUUGGCUUGGAUUGCCCUGACCUUGAAACCUUGUGUAUUAAAGAUCAAGCCCUUACUACUGAAAGUGUGGAGAAAACAGUAGGAUGGGCUCUAAGUCACCAUUUUAUGCAUCAUACUGAAGCGUCAGUUAAAGAUGCUAAACUCGUCAUUUCUGCUGAAAGCAUGAGCUAUGGGCUGAACAUUCUGCAAAGCAUUCAAAACGAAAGCAAGAGCUUGAAGAAGUCACUGAAGGAUGUGGUAACCGAGAAUGAAUUUGAGAAGAAGCUUCUCGCUGAUGUUAUUCCUCCCAGCGACAUUGGGGUUACUUUUGAUGAUAUUGGGGCUUUAGAAAAUGUAAAGGAUACGUUGAAGGAAUUGGUGAUGCUUCCUCUUCAGAGGCCUGAAUUAUUUUGUAAAGGGCAGUUGACUAAGCCUUGCAAGGGAAUAUUGCUCUUUGGCCCGCCAGGUACUGGGAAAACAAUGCUUGCAAAGGCAGUGGCAACUGAGGCCGGUGCAAACUUUAUCAAUAUAUCUAUGUCAAGCAUCACUUCCAAGUGGUUUGGUGAAGGGGAGAAGUAUGUCAAAGCAGUUUUCUCUCUAGCGAGUAAAAUUGCUCCCAGUGUUGUUUUCGUUGAUGAGGUUGAUAGCAUGCUAGGAAGACGUGAAAAUCCAGGAGAGCAUGAGGCUAUGCGUAAAAUGAAGAAUGAGUUUAUGGUGAAUUGGGAUGGUCUGCGUACAAAAGAUAAGGAGCGUGUGCUGGUUCUUGCUGCUACUAAUAGGCCUUUUGACCUUGAUGAGGCUGUUAUUAGGAGGCUUCCGCGAAGAUUGAUGGUCAAUUUGCCAGAUGCCCCAAAUAGAGAAAAAAUUCUUAGAGUUGUUUUAGCCAAGGAAGAGUUGGUGCCCGAUGUUGAUUUGGAAGCAAUUGCAAAUAUGACUGAUGGCUAUUCUGGGAGUGACCUAAAGAAUCUUUGUGUGACUGCAGCACACUGUCCCAUUAGAGAAAUUUUGGUGAAGGAAAAGAAGGAGAAAAAUGCAGCGUUGGCUGAUAACAGACCUUUACCUGCAUUGCAUAGCAGUGUUGAUAUUCGUCCCCUAAAGAUGGAGGAUUUUAAAUAUGCGCAUGAGCAGGUUUGCGCAAGUGUGUCAUCAGAGUCUACAAACAUGAACGAACUCCUGCAAUGGAAUGACCUAUAUGGAGAAGGUGGAUCAAGGAAGAAGAGAUCUCUAAGCUAUUUCAUGUAGAGGUGAUAUCUUUGUGUAUAGCAUUUCUUUUUAGAUUAUUCUUCGUCACCCUAAAGAGUGGCAAGAUUAGGGACCAUUAUUUAUGGAAAUUCCAUUGCAGGUCCUUACCCCGAUUGUAUUAUAUAUAGGUUUUUCUUUUGCCUUUUCUUUUUCCAUUGUUUUUUCAAUCUUUACUUUCGCUUUUUAUUAGGAGUUUUACAAUUUCCCCAAGCAGAGUUAAUUCAACUGUAGCAUCUUUUUUGUUACUUCGGGCCUUUCUGCCUGUACAUGCUUAAUGAACAAAGCAUACUUAAUCCAGUCAAUUUCUCCUCUUAAACAAGUUGUAAGUGUAGCAUAAUAAAUUGCAAAAAAAAAUUAAGUGUAUAUUGAUCAUGUCAA